UCGGUUAUUGCUUCGAAACACAACAUCGCAUUUUAGUUUCAUUAGUGGGGUCUUUGUUUCCAGAUUCUCUUUUCCUUAUCUAACUUUAUUCUCGGUCUCGUUGUCUAAUGGCGCCAAAGGCAGAGAAGAAGCCGGCGGAGAAGAAGCCUGCCUCUACUACCGCAGAGGAGAAGAAAGCUGAGAAGGCUCCGGUUGGCGAGAAGAAGCCGAAGGCCGAGAAAAAGCUCCCCAAGGAGGCCGCUUCAUCUGACAAGAAGAAGAAGAGAUCGAAGAAGAACGUUGAGACCUACAAGAUCUACAUCUUCAAGGUCUUGAAACAGGUUCAUCCAGAUAUUGGUAUCUCCAGUAAAGCCAUGGGAAUAAUGAACAGCUUCAUUAACGAUAUCUUUGAGAAGCUCGCUCAAGAGUCCUCAAGGCUUGCAAGGUACAACAAGAAGCCGACUAUCACCUCCAGAGAAAUUCAGACUGCAGUUCGAUUGGUGUUGCCAGGAGAACUUGCUAAGCAUGCCGUUUCUGAAGGGACUAAGGCGGUUACUAAGUUCACAAGUUCUUAGGGUUUCCUAAUUUUGUAGUUAUCGCUUUUAGGGUUUCUUGCCCUACUUUUUCUUAAACUGGCUUCUUUGUAUGUCUGAUUUACAUGGCUUCGUACUGCUGCAGUUAGGGUUUCUUGGCUGUAAAGAUUAGGCUUCCGAUUUAAAUUUGUGAUGUAAUUCUCUAGUCUACUGUCAAUGAAUUGUCAUUUUCUUCGUCUAA